CUUGCUUGUCCCGUUCAGAGAGGGAGUUGCAGCAGAAGGUGAAGUCCGGUCACUCAGAUGGGAUGUGUGCAUAGGCUGAUGACCCGACCAUUAGUCCGUGCAAAUAAAAAGAAGAAGACAGCACUUUUUUUAGGAAGUGACGAGUAGUAUACAUUAAAAGCAGGAAAUACAUUCAGUCGCAAGAGCGGAGUAAAACGUAUGGGUGCUGCAAAAGGCGACAAGUGAAAGGGGCGCGAGAACAGAGAGGAGCUGACCGUGACGGUGACGGAGGAAAAAGUGCAGGGAAAACGGCAAAAACCGCCCACCGGGACGUCCAGACAAGAGAGAAGUUGCCAGUUAGGGUAACUGUAGAAAAGUGGCAGUGGCACGAGAGAAGUGACGGGCAUAGGAAUAUAGAGACACUGCCAGCAAAGACCGCCCCGCAUUAAGAGAUUCGCCGUACACACACAACUUCGGUUUGCGGAGACGAUGCAGGACUUUUCUUUUUUUGUCUACCUGGAAAACUCAAAAGUUAAUUAAUUGUCGGAGAAAACGUACAGUGAGUGGACCAGGUGCAGGCAAGUGACGGGCACGAACUUACAUACGCAGCCUGGAAGGGGCGACCCUGAGAAAGAGAGAGGGAGGUGUCCGCAAGUAGGCUAGCCCCUCCAACCUAAGGACUGUCCUGGACGGGGGACAGCUGCCAACAACGUUUGUCUCUGACACCGGGAACCGAUCCGCCAGCAUGUCCAAAACAGAAGUAGAAGAUUCCUGUGACGUGCUAAUAGUUUACACUGAAGAAGCCUCUGAGUGGAGAACCUACUUGCAACAUAUUCUUGUUUCAUCUAAUCUCUUCUCCGCAAAGUCUAUAGUCCCUUACAGACUGGACAGUAGUACAACGUUUUCCAGUGAAGAUGUCAGACUCUUUCAGCACAGUCGAUGCAUUCUGCUCCUGAUGUCCUUUUCGUUUCUGGAUGUUUUAUGUGACGGGACAUUCCUUGAGAGUCUGAAGGAAGCUCUUUGUCAGCCGAGCAAGAUUGUGAUGCUGCUUUGUGGCGUGACAGAGACAGAAUGGUUGGAACAGUAUUUUCAGGAGUGGUAUCAGUGGAAAAAGCUGUACCCCGAGGAUGACCCUUCAUUGUAUAUUACAGCUGUUCAGCAGAUUGUUUCUGAAGAUUCAGGUUGUGAAAGCAUAACUGACAGUGAAGCAGAUGCAUGGACAGAGGUAGAUGCAAGUGAGCAUUUGACAGCGGUUACAGCAGAGGAUCAGGAGGAGGUGACAGAAGAACAACAGGAGAGGGAAGAUGAAGACAUAAUGUCACCAGAAGCAGCAGAGAGCAACUCAGAAGAGAUAGCAGAGAAACUGCUGGAGGAAACGGGAGAGGAACAGGCAAACCUAUUGAUGGAAAACACACCUGAGCUGACAGAGAGCUGGCCACAGGUGCCAGAAGAAUUUCUGCUAGGGCCAGACAUACCAGCUGAGGAGACGGUGCCAUACCAAGCAGAUGACGUACAGCCCUGCUCGAUUGAGGCACAGGAGGAAAGUACAGAGAAGCCUCAACCGACUACACCUCUUUAUGAAAGCCAUGUCAUCGUCCAGCCAAACAAAAUACGUUGUGGGAGCCAGGAGAAGCUCUAUAUAAUCCUGAAAUGCAGGCUGGAUAAGCAGGUAAAAACAGAAAUUGAAUUCACAUGCAAAGACUGCCGCUCCAUGCGUGAACCUGUGGUACUUGAGAAUGAUUACACAGCAUCAGUCAGAGCUCCUGAUAUGCCACCUGGUCCAGUGUCAGUGACUUUAUACUCUGGGAAUGUAACAGUUUGUACAACUUCUGUAAAUUACUACACUGAGAUGGAAGAGAUCAGCAGAUGUCUACUAAAAGUCUCCAACCCAGUAGACUUCAUGUGUCAGGCUUUCAAUGUCUUACCAAGCAAAAUAGAAGCCCUUGAUAAGCUGUUAACAGAAUCCCUGAAGAAAAAUAUGCCAGCAAGUGGUCUUCAUCUCUUUGGGAUAAAUCAACUAGAAGAAGAAAACAUUUCAGCAUUUGAAAGAAAUGAAGAACUGCCAACACUGCUUCAUUUUUCGGCAAAGUAUGGUCUCAAGAGUCUGACAGCCCUCCUCCUACAGUGCCCUGGAGCAAUUCAGGCCUAUAGUGUGGCAAACAAGUAUGGUGAAUACCCAAACAGCAUUGCAGAGAAGAAUGGCUUUAAGGAUCUGCGGCAGUUCAUGGACGAGUACGUGGAGACCGCUGAUAUGCUUAAGUCUCACAUUAAAGAAGCUAUGAAUGAAGGAGAAGAAGAUGAAGUAUAUGAGACAAUGUCCAAAGUAUCUACAGAUAUUCUGAUGAAAUACUCUCUGAAUCCUGGCUCAAAUGAGGAAAUCUAUGAAUCAAUGAUAAAACUAAAUUCCAAUGAUGUGGAGGAUAUAUAUGAAGACAUGAUGGAAGAAAUCCCAGACCCCUUUUCCAUGUCUACUCAAGAGUCCAUCCUCCGGAAAUUCCUGGAAGGAAAAUCAGAAAAUGCAGAUUCAUUGGUAGAGGCAGAGAGCAGAACAUCAGAUACAAUGCAGGAAGACCCUUACAAGCUGUGUUUUGAAGAUGUAUAUGACACGGUGGAACAGGGCACUGAGUGCCGUGUGGAAGUUACAAACAGGCCACCAGCCCCUAUUCCUAGACCGUCAAUCAGCCAGGAUGUAGAAGAAAGAGAAUCAUACAUUUGCAAAGUAUUUUCUGCAAAGGAGGAAAAAAAAAUUGAUAGCCUUUACAGUCAAGCACUGCUAGCAUCAGAGGCAGUGAGGCCUGUCCGGGACAGAUUAUCAACCAGCAACUAUGAUCCUUUUGCUGGAAUGAAAACUCCUGGACAGAGGCAACUGAUUUCUUUGCAAGAGCGAGUGAAGAUGGGCAUGUGUACUGUUGAUGAAGCAGUUCUUGAGUUUAAAGAAUGGCAGCUCAACCAGAAAAAAAGAUGUGUAUCUUUCAAGUUCCAACAGGAAAAUCUAAAGAAAUUACGGGAUAGCAUCUCAAGAAGGCAGAAAGAGAAGGGUCGAAGUGGAGGCCCACCAGAUCUUGAAAUCAGCGCUCCUUUCUGCCCACCACGCAGUGCCCCAUUCAGACUAGAAUGUGGAGUGUAUGAACCGAGCCCCAGAAAGACAACUCCAACUCCUCCACCUCCUCCCAUUAGACCUAUCCAGAGGGGAAACUGGGAGACUGGCAGCACCACCAGCACAUCCAGUGAGUUAGCUAACUUGGGCAGUGCCAGCAACAGAUCCAGUGUACGCAGCAACCUAAGUUUUAGCAGUGGGGUCGAAGGUGACAAUGAGGAUAAUUUGGAUUUUCUCAACCAGUCAGGCCACCUGCCACACAUGAAUGAGAACCCUCCUGAGCUGCCUCCUCCACGAAUCCCUCCUCGCCCACCUGUCAGGUCCCAUGACCGCAGCAGUCAGGAGCGGUACGUUCAAUGCCCAACUUCUCGUUUCAAUACGCCACCAGGCCGCUACAGCCCUCCUCCUCCUAUUCCACGCAGGAUCCGUUAAGCUGGAUAAUGGAAAGAGAUUCUCAUUGGAACCAGGCCACAGAAACAGUAACUUUGAAUCUUUAAUUUGUUUGACUGACUCACAUAUCAAAUGAAGGAGAAAGCUAACGUUUGCCUUGCUCCCUCUCCCCCAACCGUAUUCUUGCAUCACACUGUUCGGUCAUUUUUCAGAAACGUAUUACUUUGAAUCUUGAGAAUGAAGGAGCGCUGCCGGAAUGGAGCUUCAGCAAUGGAUGAUUCACACUCAUCGGCUCACAAGUUCACCCUGAUGCUGGCCUGACUGUGUUCAGUGCUCACAUCCAAAUCUUAUUAACAUGAACUCCCAUUUUCAAUUUAAAUUUUUGUUCUGCUUUAUGAAAGUUCUGUUGUGGUAGAUGCAGCGACGGGGAUCUAAUACUCACAGGCUUUUAUUUGUGUAUUUCUCUUUUCCUUCUCUUAAGACCUGCUUGUAUGCAGCUUGUAUGGGGUGCAAAUAUAUUCCUAACAUGCA